GUGUUUCUUGUUUUUCAAGUGUUUGUAUUGAAUAAUUGCAAUUUUAGCAACACGCGUUCAUCUAUGUCUUACCACUUAUCAAAAAGAGAAAUGUAUGCAACUAAAAUGGCUGAGUAUAUAAAGAUCACCUUACGUAAAUUAAACUGACCUGAAUUAGCCAUACAGUUUACUUUUUACGCAAGCAGCGCAACCCUGAUCCAUAUCAAGCUGUCAAAAGCGUCAGUGGCACGAGGCUUAAUGCCUAUUGGUAGUUGCCGUUGUGACAGGGAGGGUCCAUCUCACUAGUCGAGGAGCAUCUGGAGCCGAUGUCAGACGAACAGAGCUUAAAAAUACGAAUUUAUGAGGUCAGUCCAUCGGCUUAUGGAGGCACAUAUUUAUUGUUGCAGAAAUGAAGAUCUGGAGCACAGAACACAUAUUCAGCUAUCCUUGGGAGACAGUGAUCAAAGCCGCCAUGAGGAAAUAUCCCAAUCCAAUGAAUCCCAGUGUCGUUGGAGUGGAUGUUCUUGAUAGGAACUUGGACACUAAUGGACGUCUACACAGUCAUCGGCUCCUGAGCACAGAGUGGGGUCUUCCAGGGGUUGUCAGAGCGAUUUUAGGGACAAAUCGAACCAUGACAUAUGUAAAAGAACAUUCCAUUGUGGACCCAGACGAAAAGAAAAUGGAACUUUCCUCAACAAACAUAACCCUAACAAAUUUAAUAUCUGUUGACGAAAGGCUUGUCUACAGACCUCAUCCAGAAAAUCCAGAGGUAACGGUAUUAACCCAAGAGGCGAUUAUCACAGUGAAAGGAGUCAGCCUCAGCAGUUACCUGGAGGGGUUAAUGGCUCUAACAAUGUCAGCCAAUGCAAGGAAGGGAUGGGAUGCCAUUGAGUGGAUCAUUCAAAACUCUGAAAGAGAGAAUGUACCCCUGUGUGACCUGUGUUGAACAGUAAUGAUGUUUUCUCUAGCAUCUGUUUUAGAGCCUAUGAAUGAUGAACAUAUGAUUAGGACACAAACACACCAGCUCUGGAAUCAUGCACAGAUGAUCCGUCAAGACUUUAGUCCAGCUCUCUUUGUGUUAAUGGGUGCACGCUACAAGGGAAAUCACAUGUGCUAUUUUAUGCACUGUUGUGAAAAAGGGUUUAAAUCAAAUAAAUUUGCACUAUUACAGAAAAAUACUAAAUAGAGUUUUGAAUGUGGCAACAGAACAUGUAUGCACGGCACUGACUACCUCUUAUUUGGGAGUUAUUUUAAUGUGAUAAUAGGGGGGUCAAAUCGAUUUUGAAUUGUAAUGGAUCACAUGAUGCUAUUAAGUUUAAUGUCUUAUAAAUCUUUAUUGUGUGAAUGAGAGAGGUCAGUUUGUCUAAAUAAUAUUCAAGUUUGUUUCAGGAUUGUAAAAUGUGCAUGGAAAGUCUUAAAGUGUCAUUUAUUUAUAAUACCUCGCUAAAUCCUGUAGGAUGUGUACUUUUUGUAGUGUUUAAUUUAAAGAUAUUUAUUUUUGAAUAUUUUUUGAUGAAUCAUAAUUCCUCAUUAUUGGAAAAUGUUACAAUGUUUUUUAAUUAUUCGUUAUAGCUGUUUUUAUGUUCAUUGUAUCAGAUUUAAAAUAAUUUUACAACUCACUUAUUGCUUACAGUUACACUCAAUUUCUUUGAUUAUUUAAAAAAACAAAUGAUUUUAAAAUAGUCUACCUGUCAUUUAUAUUUAAAUGAUUGUCAAGCUCUAACAGAGCCCCCUAUUGGCAAGUAUUUGUAAAGCAAAUCAAUUAUUCAUUUUCAGUGAUUUUAAAUUGCACAUUUAAAAGAAAUGUCUGCUUAAAUGUGAUAUCUUGUCAUCUUUUGUUGUUACUUGGCUUACAGCAGUGUAAGAACCUUAUGUAUGAACCUUAUAAGUAUCUUAUUAGGGGCAAUAUUUGCCACAUGGUACAGCUUUAUAGGUGAUUUUAUUUCUUCCGAUAUAUACAGAAUAUUAUAGUUUUUGUCAUACAUUUCAAACCUGAAAACUUGCUUAAAAUUUUAAUACGAGCAUAUUUUCUAGUCUAGUGUAGAACAACUUGACCCGUCUGCAUAAAUCCCAGACCUGAACCCCACUUCUUUGGUAUGACUUGCAGGCUUAAAAACAAACACUGCACUUAAACCCAUGAAUGAUAGGGUAAAGUCAUUUCAGAAAAGAAAAAGACCCUUCCACAACUGUUGCAAAAAAGAUAGAAAACCAAAUUCUAAAUUAAGUAUGGUAUUGUAUGCAUUUGUACUUGUUUUGAUCAGAAUUACUAGAAUUGAUAAACAAACUUUUGUCCAUAUAGUGUAUGACUUAUUUCAAACUGAAAUCCGCUUUCUCACUGAUAUUUUAAUGCAAAUCUAAUUCAUCUUGGUAUGGGGGCAUAUAAUAAGAUAUAAUUAAUAUAAUAGAUCUAAGAUAAAAAAUAAAAAAUAAUAACACUAAUAAAGUGUCUUAAAUGACUCCAGAAUUUUGUUAUCCGCACUGGAAAUUUGGAUUUAAUUGCUA